AGCCGAAGAUGUCGGCUCGGUCAUGUGAUCAGCUGUGUCCAAUCACAGCUGAUCACAUGGGACAUGUACACUGAUCAUCAGGGCACUGAUGAUCAGUGUAGCCCCAGCAGUGCCACCAGUCAGUGUCCAUCAGUGCCUUAUGCCAGUGCCCAUCUGUGCCACAUAUCAGUGCACAUCAAUGCCACAUAUCAGUGCCCAUCUGAGCUGCCUUUCAGUGUCAAUCAUCAGUGCCACCUAUCAGUGCUGCCAAUCAGUGCCACCUAUCAGUGCCAGUCAGUGCCGCCUAUCAGUGCCGCCCGUAACAGUGCCAGUCAGUGCCGCCUAUCAGUGUCGCCUUUCAGU